CCAGAAUCUGCACGCAGCGAUAGAAAAUGAGAAGCAACACAGCACACCGCACACACCAACGACCUUCUGCAAACCAACGAAACCGAAUAACACGAUUCAAUCAAUUCAACGGUUGAUCAAAAUGUUGUCCUGGACCCUUGACGCCAUCUUCACGCUUGUGGGGUUUAUCGGAUCGUCCAUCAUUUACUUGGUGGUCACGUGGUGGCUGCAACGCCGCCGUAACCUGCGCAAAGAAGGAGGUGUAAGCACCGUCCAGGAAGAUGCCGGCAAUGAACAAGGUAAGCAAUAUUAGACGCGCAGAUACAAAGAUAGCGUGACUUGAUUGGCUGACAUUCCAUGGAAUAUAAGAUCUUGAGAUGUGUUUGGAAGGAAGUAGUGGUGUAAGGGUUGCUGUGGGGGUGCAGGUGGUAGAGACUGAGGUCAUGAUUAUAAGAAUUCCAGAGGAGGCUUAUAUGUCUCCGAUGAAGGGAUCGUGUCAAGAUGGUGAUC